GGAUUUUAUUCCCAGAUAAAGUGAGGAAGCUCCCGGUGGUUGCUGCUUUUCGCUUUGUCUUGUGUUUAUACAUUUCAUCAUGAAAGACGUGCUCAAAACUGUGAUUGGCGUCACUGCAGGGGUGGCUGCUGGUACAGUGGGUACUGUCGUGUUAGCCCCUGUUGUACUCGGGUUGGUGGGCUUCACCGCCGGUGGCAUCGCAGCUGGCUCCAUAGCUGCCGGUAUGAUGUCAUCAGCUGCUAUCGCUAAUGGAGGAGCAGUAGCAGCAGGCAGCUUAGUGGCUGUUCUUCAGUCAGUAGGCGCCGCUGGCUUUACGGCUGCCACGACGGCCGGAGCGGCAACUACAGGCGGGGUCAUCGGCGCUGUGCUGGGGCGCAGAAAUUCAAGAGACUGAAAUUCUUCAGCACUAGAGGAAGAAGAGAAAGUUGAGGACCCUUCAAAUAGCCCUUCUUCCAAAGAACUGCAAAAGUCUUAAUGUUUAAAAAACAAUUCACAAUAAAUAACAUUGUCCAGAUUUUUUAAAAUGCAGAUAAGAGAAGAACUUUGUUUGAUUUUUUUUUUAAUGUUAUCAUAGAUUGAUGUCUAUUCAAUUCAUCACUAUGCAGAAGAAAAUAAUUCACACAUCGUCAUAGCAAACAAAAAUGUAUAUAUCACUUGUUAAAAUGCUGCUUGACUUGUUCCAAAUACAGGCUUUGAGUCAUGAUUUGUCACAUGACCACCAGCAAUGGAGACCAGGGUGUGUUAAAGCUGUGAUGGAACACAACACAUGACUCAUGACUUUACUUGGUUCAAGUGUUUCAUUCGGUUCAGAGUACAUAGUCCCAUAGAUCCUUUAUCUCGACUAACUUCUGCUAUCUUAGUAGUAUAUUUACUCUAAAUUCUUAUCAGUGUUAACCAUAAGGUUCCUUUGGUGAGGGCUCUGAUUGAACCCCUGAAGAUCCCUACAGCUAUUAUCAGAAAUACUUCUAAGUACAAAUUAGAUGUCGAUUAAAGUCACAUUUGCGACUUUCAAUCCUUCCCAAGAUCAAGAAUGUGGGAUAGCGUAAAAAUAAACAGGUUUAUUAAAUAAAUAAUUAAUAAUAAUUGGCGCUCCCACCACACAUCGUAUUUCUCACGCAGAAAAACCUUUUGACUAUUUAUCAUAUAUUUAAUAAGCCGCAGCACCCAAAAUGUCUCUGUCCGCACCGCUGUCUCUAUGGAACCGGGCAGGAAUCAAGCGCGUCUGAGUUCUUAGUCGAGCCUGACACUUAUCAGCCAAUCAAAGACAAGAGGCUACACAAUAACCAAUCAGAAAAUAGCACUAUUGUAUCUGGGUAAGAUUUAACGCAAUAACCAAUGAAAAAAAAAACACAUUCAUUAGAGAGGGUAUUUUCGAUGGUCGGUUUGAACAAAACCUCAACACGAAACAGCUUGUCUCUGGACGGGACAUUGUCCUCAAUCAUUUCAUAACCAAACGAAAGCGUCCUCUCAUUCGGUUCUUGUUCUGUUUAGGGGCUGCUGGAUUGUCCGUCGCCGGCAAGCUUGCUGUGGCAUCUACAGGAGCGGCGGUGACUGCUGCGGCUAAAUGUAUUGUCUCUCUGUUUUUUUAGAUUCUUUAGAUGAAUCAUGGUUUUUGGAUUUAUUCAUAUUUAUUAAGCUUUCUUCUACAUGAAGGAAAACUGUCUAACCGCGUAAAUAAUAAAGCAGCUGCACUUUAUAA